AUGGAGGCGGCAGUGCAUCUGCAAGUGGCGAAUGCUCUCCCGAACCUGAGUUCUGACGUUCUACAAAACAUCGUGAGGAAGCUGUUGGAUCUCGGUGUAGAGCCGUGUGGUGACUUUUGUUUCUUGACUGAACAAAACUUGUGCGACGUGAUAAAACCUAUACAAGCAUGGAAGCUCAUCACUUUCAUCAAACAUAAUAAGCCACACAAGUUUUGCACUGUGGAUCAAACUGAAACAGGUGAAAGUGAACCUGCAACACCGUCGGGACCACAUGGCGGGUUGGAGCAAAUUAAACAAGCCUAUUCCUUCCUGAAUCCCAACUGGGCAGAAUCGUUCGAGAUACCUUGGGACAGCAUGCCAAAAGCCCUGCUGGAGGCUUUGCAGAAAUGUAAGCGUCCGACACCAAGAGACCGUAGGAAGAUGGUUCGAGUAAUCAUAGAUAGUGUCAAGAAUUUGUGCCCAAAACCUCUACGGAAACACCUACCCGUUGUUGCCAGGAAGAUCGCCGCACUGCACCCUUCUUUGUUCAAAGAUGUCUUUGAUAGCACUGUAAUUGGAACUGGCUAUGGCUCUUUGCUGAACCAACUCGCAUGCCAGCUUGAAAAUAUUGUGUUGCUCACCAUAGCAUGGUUUGGAGAAGAGGGAGACGGACUCAUUCACAGUAAAGAAGCAUGUUCGGCCACAAAAUUUAUUGUGUAG